GGUUAAUCUGUGACUAAAGACAAAAGCACCAUAUUUUGAUAUAAUUUUAGAUGCGACGGUUUUAUGUUCUUAUUUUUUGUUUAAUAAAUUUUUGUUAAGUUGACUAAUUGCAGUACGUGAUUGUGUCAUUUUGCGGUGCAAACGUCAGCGUGUUGUUGUCACACCUGUCUGUCACCUGUCGUUGAACUGAACAUUGCCACUAAUAAAAAUUAUUAAUAUUAUCAAUACAUACGUGUAAAUGGGAAUAUGCGACCGUUUUGCCAAUACUUGUGUUCACAUUUUUGAAAAUUCUACCACAUUUUACAAAACCAGUGCUCAAUAAUGUCCAUAAAAUAAAUUGAGGGAAGAAACAUGUUUGCCUCUUUGAAAAAUAAAAUUCGUGAAGAAACUGGCAGCGACCUGUCCAAGUUAACAGCAAAAAUAACUUCCUCUACAGUCCAGAGGAUAGAUUCGUUAAGGGGGCGUUCUCACCAUGGAUCCUCAUCAAGCAUUAAUUCUCUUGUAUCAUCAGAUGGUGUCAAAGAGGAUGGCAGUAUUGAUUCUGAGGAAUUAAGAAAACGAAUAAUGAAAAUUGAGGUGGAAUUUACACGGAAAUUAGAUCAGAAGGAACUAGAAUGGAGAGAAAUCGUGUCAGAAAAAGACAAGCAGUUACAAAGUCUGGAGAAGGAGAAAAAUGAGGCUCAAAAACAAAUCCAGAUGCUUAAAGAAACGCUAAAAAAUGCCGAAGAGUUUAAACAGAAACUAGUGGAACAUCAGGAGGACAAGGAACAAAUAGAAAACUUCCAAACUCAGGAAUUAAGCAAAAUUAAACAUUUAGUCUUAUUGAGAGAACAGGAGUUGGCUGAAAAGACCGCAGCUUUGAAGGAGGCUAACGCCCAAUUGGAGAAAUUGCGAAGUGAGGUGUCCAGACUUUGCAGACAGGAGGAGCAAUUGAGUGAUUUGCAGGACGAUUUGGAGUCAUUGAGACAUUCCAGUUCGCGAGAUUUGGCCGCUUUGGCCACCCAAUUGGCCAAAAGCGAGGAAGAGAGGCGGCAUUUGUCCGAUCUUGUUGUUGUUUUGAGACAGAGAGUGGCCAAUGAAACGUCAGACGAUGAGCAUAUCGCCUCUGAGAGACGUCUUUUGGAACAGAGACUCGAAGAGGCCCAUUUGCACUUGGCAGACAUUAAAACGUCAUGGAGUGAUAAAAUUGCCUCUUUAGAGACUCAGGUGGGACGUUUGAGUAGACAAGCCGCUGAAGAAGGGAGUGAAAGACGAAGAGCAGUGCAAGAAAAGGAAACACUAGCCGAGAAAGUCAGACAAAUGGAAGCGGAAUUAGAGUGUAAUAAAUUAGAAAUUAAUAAUAAAGAAACGAAAAUCAAACGAUUAACUAUGGAUGUUGAAGAGUUGUCCAAGGAGCUUAACGCUCUGCGAUCUGAAUCCGAGGAGGAAGUUGCUUUCCUCAGGACACAACUUCAAAAUGCCCUUACAGAAGUGAAAGUGGUCCGGAAGAAUUUAGAAAACACCGAAUGUGAGUUAGACAGAACCGGGGAAGAAUGUAGUAAAUUAAAAAUAUCAGUGGAUUCGGAACACGAGGCUAACGGUUCACUCAGGCAAAUAAUAACGAAAUUGGAGAAGGAACUUAGUGAAGAAAAAACGAAUUCAUUAAAUGUACAAAAAACAUUGUCAAGAGUGACUGCAGAGAAAAAUACGGCGCUGUUACGCAAUGCUGAAGUUUCUCAACAAAUGGAAAUAAUCAAGCAGGAAAAAAGACGACAAGAGAAUGAAAUGAACGAAUUGCUUAGCAAACUGAGUCAAUUAGAAGAAGAGAGUAAGAAACAUAAAGAAAGUAAAGCAAUGGAAUAUGAGUUGAGGAAUAACAUAGCGGAGUUGGAAGAUCAAAUAUCGGAAAAAAAUAAGAAUAUUAAAACUCUUCAGCUUCGAUUGGCUGACAUGAAAAAAACCCUGCAGCAAGAAUUACGAACGCCAGGUAAUCCCAAUUAUCAUAGUGACUUAUUGGAUAAUUCAGCAGCUAUUCUCACUCCCAGUCAAGUUUCGACAAAAACUUUUCCUAGUGUGGUGCGAAGAGACGAGGACGAUGUUAAUUUCAAAUAUUUAAAACAUGUAGUUAUUAAAUUUUUAACGAGUCGAGAAUACGAAGCUCAACACUUAACCAAAGCAAUAGCUACCUUACUUAAAUUUACAGCCGAAGAGGAAAAAUUAGUUAACGAUACUUUAGAAUGGAAGAGAUCGUGGUUCGGCUCUAAACCGAAACUGGGAAGCGGCCCCAAAACCAGAGCUUUGCCUCAUAGCUGAUGGUUGCUUUAAUUUUAUUUUGUGAUAGAGCAAUCGACCAUUCCGCUUGGGGCAUGCAUUUCUUCCAUUUCAACACUUGCACGUGUCUGUUCCGUUUUUUAUUAUAGUGAUUUUAUUUAAAGGUUUUAUUUAUUCUAUUUUUAUAAAGCAAAUACCCAGAUAGGAUAGUUGUACAAAAUUGUAAAUAUCUAACAACUUUAUUUGUCAAUUUUUAAAUCGUGGAUGCUUUAUAUUGUGUAUUUAUUAUUUUCGAAAGUUUAAAUAAAAUUACAAAAAGAUUGUUAUUUUAAAGACUGAUUAAACUAGGAGUUUGAUUGA